GUAGCAACAGGGUAUAUAACACGAAGGUCCACUACUCAGACUCAGCAGGACGAUCCCUCUGUUGGCUUUCAAGGCACCAGAUCUUCAACCGAACCAUCACGAUGCUCUGUCUCGCCGUUUUGAGUGUGGCUCUCGUGUCCCUCGUGGGCGCCCAGUCCUCGGAUGGCGGCUCUGGCUACUAUCUGCACGGUUACCUCCCUGCUAAUGUGCUGGUGGAUCCCCUCCUGGACAGACUGAACCGUUACAUCGGAAACCUGGAGUCCCGCGAAGGCGCCCAGCUGAGCCGUCUGGGACGUUUGAGCGCUGUCUCCAACCAGAACCGUGACUUCCAAAAUCUGUUCCAGAACACUCUCAGCAGGCAGAUUGCUGAUCGUCAGAAGAUCCAUGGACAACGUAUUGGCUCGCUGCAAUACAAGAUCGCCGAGCUGAAGGCCCUCCGCCAACAGGUGCAGUCUCUUAUCAGCGACGCCUCGGCACUGGGGAAUGUUCUGCAGGAAGAGAUCUACCCCACCCGCAAGCAGGUCAUGUACGACAUCAACGAUCUCCAGAACGCCGAUAUUGAACGCCUGAACAGGAUCGAGCAGGCCCAGACCAGAGCCAACGCCAUCAGCGACAGAAUCGACGUGGUCUGGGACAAGGCAACGGAAAACGGCCAAACCCUGAGUCAGAUCAAGUUGUCCGUCCGCAGAGCCAUCAACUCAGUGAACCGCCAGAAGUCUGCAGAGGAGGAACUGCUCAUGGAUCCCAAACUCGAGCAGUAUAUUACCGUCAACUUCGACUUCCAAGGUGCCCCGCAAUUCGCCCAGUCUCUCCUCACUGGCUUCGAGCUGGUCAGGACAUACAGCGGCUACUCCAAUGGCUACCCAUGCAUCUACGUUGGCGUGGAAAACGUCCUGAAGAGCACCCAGGCUGGGGUGGAUUCCGUUGACAUGAGCAGCGGUGGAUGGUCUGCCAACACCCUGAAUGGUCAAGCCAAUUUCAUCUACUUCGACACUCUUCAAAACAACGUAGGUGUUGGGGGUAAAUAAUCAGAUUCGACGAAGAAAACACCUUCAAAGUCAAUUCUGAUGAUUCACUCACGACAGUAGAUUAAAAUGGAAAAGAAAUGUAAUGGUUGAAUAAAAACGGCAAAAACGAUUA